AUGAUAUUUCUCGGCGCAAUCACUAUUUUACAUGAAUGUGUACAUGCCCUAAAACCAGUAACAACACUAUCGAAUGGCUAUUGGAGGAUGCCGACAGAAAGUGGGCACGAAGGCGGUUUCAUAUUUGAGAAAAUGUUUAUGAAAGGACAAAUAACUAUGAAAGCACAUUCAGAUGACAUUGAAUUCAAAGUACGAGGAUGGUCAGUCGAUAUUUCAGCGCUGUUAAUCAAUUUGGAAAAUGGCGAUUAUAAUCUUGAUCCGUUUAAACAAAGCGCUAAACAAAUGCUAAAACGAAAGCGAUUCCAUAUAUUAUUUGGAUUUGAACAACCAUUAGAAUAA